CAAACACUUAACUUGACGAGCACCCAUCACUCCGUGCGGCAUAGACCUACGGGAAAUAGGGUUCCCAGUCAUUUAUCCCAGCAGAAAGGGUUUGAUCUUGAAAGGUUGAUACGUCAUCUCUCCCAGGCUAUCCCAGAAUGGAUGUGGUCGAAAGAGUUACCUGCUGCGCAGCGCCUCGACAUUUACUGUUCAUUAAACUCUCUCCUACUCCGUCUACCCCUGCCUCCCGGCCGUGCCACUAAGAACUGGGGCUGUAAUUAAACUAUGUCAUCAAAGGAGAGUUUCACGACGAGCAGCCUCUCGCUGAACCUGAAUGAGGACUGGGACCGCUCAAGUGAUAUUAUCGUGCCUCAGACGCAGGUACCACGAAAUUCUGUGCUGUUUCCGGGGGAAGUGGCGCAGGACAACUGCAGCACACCUAGGGCAAAUGGGAGUAGGAAAAGCAGGUCACUAAGUGAGCUCAUGCGGCUCCAUGCCGAGAAGGGGACCGAUGUGACCUUUAACAUUGAGGAAGCGAGUCGUGUAGCAGAUGUUCUCAAGCAGUGGAUAAAUUCGGGAACUUCUCCAUAUGAGGGCGAGGAUGACUUCUUUUCUCGUGCAAACGAUGAUCUGUCACUUGGAGCAAAACGUUCAUUGCAAUUGGGUCCGGGAGACUUCAGUGGCCGAACGAGAGGGCAGAGCGAAAGCGUUGUCUCGCGUUAGUCUUCGCUGAGAUCACUUUCAGUUUCGCUUUCCAAUGUCCAUCUCUGUCAUAGCCAUUUAGAUGACAAUUUACGACCUCUGACGAUACUGAUGACUUCAUGACCAUAUACUCUACUCUGCGAGAUCAGUCAUACUA